UCGGGCAACACCAACAGCAUAACCCAAUGUAGCUCUCUCUCUUGAAUGGCGCCAGGCGCCCUACCUACUCUACAGCCUAUCACUACAACUACAGCAUGGAAGCAACCAGACAACUUGACGACCAGCGAGUGAUGACGUCAACACCAAUGCCGACCUCCUCUCCACCAGCCGUCAUGGACCAGAGAUCCGGAGAAGCAGACGAGGCCUAUCAGGCCCGGAUGCUCGCCUGGAGUACCGAAACAAAUGGACGGGCAGAUGACGCAGCAACAACAGUGAAGAAGAAGGCAGAGGACGCCGAGCAGGCACGUCUGCUGGCAAUUGAACAACAGCGCCAGCAUGACGAGGCAGCAGCAAAGGCUGCCGAUGAAGAAAGAAUUCAACGUCGUGAGAAGAUAUUUAACGGAGAGCAGACCUUGCUCACAAUGGCAGUGGAAUGGCGGACCGAGGCCGAGAAUGGCAAGAUGGAGGAUAGGGAAAAUAAGAUUGCUCUACUCCUCUCGCAUCUCACAGACCUCCUGGCAACAUGCAUUACACAGCAGAAGGACAUCCAUAGCCUCGACGACACGCUGACUCAAGUCCACGGCCGCCUCCGGCAGCUGCAACAGCAACCUGUCGCCGCCCUCGAUGCAAGCUCUUCCAACACCUCCGAUCGCCUCGAGGCAUUGGAGAUGGACGUCGGCUCCCUCAAGGAUGGCAUGCAAUUACAACAGACCGCAACGCAACAGUUGGAACAGUGGAUCUGCACUGCCGCCAACCACUCGAGUUCGGAACCGCGCGAGACAGCUCCAAAGUUUGACGGGCAGGAGAUCUUCUGCGACUCGACUAAAACAGAUCCAAUUUCAUGGUUCCGCAGGUUCGAGCUCACGCUGCAGCUACACUACGUCAAAGAACACAAGCACCACGCGUACUUAUACUCCCGGUUGGGGGGCGCGUCACUAUGCGCUCAUCUCCACACGUACUUACCUUUCUAUGCACCACCAACUUCGCCGACGGAUGACGAAGUCGCGGUGGGGGACAUCCUUGCGUAUGAUACCAAGGUGGCCCGCGAGUUUCGCAAUCAGCGGUACGAUGACAACGCACCGCUCAUGUAUGUCCGCAUCCAAGUUGGGCAAGCGUCCUGCAGCGCUUUGCUGGAUAGCGGCGCGUCUCGCAACUUCAUGAGCCAAGCCUUUAUGCAAAGGGCUGGCCUUGGUGCACAAGUUCGAAGGAAGGCAAACCCGACGGCGAUCAAGUUGGUGGACAGAAGGACGCAACAACUUAUCGACCGCUACAUCGAGGCCAUACCGGUGUACUUCGCACCUCAUGCAUGCCAACCGGUGACGUUCGACAUUCUCGACACGGACUUCGACAUCAUUGUCGGAAUGCCUUGGCUUGCAAGUGCGGAUCACACGGUCGACUUCCACCGGCGGACUCUUAGCGUUCACGACGCCUUCGGCGCGGAAGUGGCGUGUACUAUUCCUCUUCCGCACCCUUCGCUUCAGUGCCAAGUGGUGACGGCCAAAUCAUUCCGGGCAACUUGCGCUUACGAGCAGCCCAAGGAAAUCGGCCUAUGUUUCCUACGGACCGCCGCAGUAGCCGACUCUUCACCCGCGGUCUUGUCUUCGGACCCCCGGGUGGUGCGGUUGCUGGACAAGUUCGCCGACAUCUUCGAGUCACCUACCGGUGUGGUGUCGGAUCAGUCGACCUCUCACGAGAUCAUUCUUGAGGCCAGUGUCGUGUCGCUGAAAGGUUGCAUCUAUCGGAUGAGCGAGGAGGAGCUUGAGGUCCUCUGCGCACAACUCAACGACUUGUUGGCCAAGGGCUGGAUCCGCCCUAGUAGCUCCCCAUAUGGAGCACCAGUUCUCUUCGUCAGGAAGAAGAACAAGGAUCUAAGAUUGUGUAUCGACUACCGCAAGCUCAACGCGCAAACCGUCAAGAAUGAGGGGCCUCUUCCUCGCAUCGACGAUCUUCUUGAGCGAUUGGGCGGCGCAAAGUAUUUUUCUAAGUUGGAUUUGAAAUCGGGAUAUCAUCAAAUCUCGAUGCGGCCGAAUUAUUGCUACAAAUCCGCGUUCAAGACGCGGUACGGGUAUUUUGAGUGGGUGGUCAUGCCUUUUGGCCUCACCAACGCCCCGACGAACUUUCAAGUGGCAAUGACCAACGAGUUUCGUGCAAUGUUGGACCGGUUCGUGCUGGUCUACUUAGACGAUAUUCUCGUCUAUAGCCGGACAUUGGAGGAUCAUCUUGGGCAUCUUCGACGAGUGUUGGAGACGCUCCGCCAAGCCAAGUACAAGGCCAACAACGACAACUGCGAAUUUGUCCGGCAAGAGCUGGAAUACUUGGGCCAUUUUGUGACACCGGAGGGCAUCAGUCCGUUAUCGGACAAGAUUCAAGCCAUCCAAGAGUGGUCGGAGCCUCGGAACGUCACGGAUGUCCGUUCGUUCCUUGGCCUCGCCGGCUGCUAUCAACGUUUCAUCAAAGGCUACUGGAAGAUCGCGGCCCACUUGACCACGCUUCAAUGCGAGGAUCGGCCGUUUGACUUCGGAGAGGAGGUGCGAGAAUCAUCUUUGGCUCUCGAAGCCGCGCAAUUAUCUGCGGAGGUCUUGCGCAUAUACGAUCCGCUUUUGCCUACCCGCGUGCAUCAUGACAUGACUCUUCCUCUUAGCCACUACUUUAUUUACAGCAGCCACAACACCUAUUUGACAGGCAAUCAACUUACAAGCUGCUCUAGUGUGGUGCCCAUAAGGGAUUGCCUUCUGCGUGGAUGCCGAGUUAUAGAAUUGGAUCUGUGGGAGAGGGGGGGAAUGAUUCGAGUUUUCCACGGACACACAUGGACAAAGGCAGUCGCAUUCGACGCUUGCUUGGAGGUCAUUCGCGAUAAUGCAUUCAAAGCAUCUCCAUAUCCAGUGAUUCUCACUUUGGAGAACCAUGUUCCACCUCGGCUGCAACCUGAGGUCGUUAAGGCCCUUAAGACAGUACUUGGGGAGUUUCUUUUCAUUCCACCCAGUACGUCAAAUGUGGCGUUUGACUCGCCUGAAUCUCUGAAAGGGAAGAUCAUAAUAUGUGACAGACCAGAGGAAGAAGAAGGGGCUGAAGGAAUGGUCAACGAUAAGAAUGCUGAUGACGAUGAUGACGAGGAGGAUGAGGACGACGAUGAAAGCAAUGUUGAAAUUCAGGAUAGAGGGAUCGGUGAAGUAACCCAAAUUUCAAGGACUUCUGUGGUUUCAACGGAUGCAAACAAUUCCUCAGUUGACGAGGUCUUCCAAGGGAAGGAUGGCAGAGAGGCAGAGGACAAAGUAUCACCUGCUGAAGCCCUCAAGGAGGCAAUAUAUAUUAGCUGCUUCAAGCCGAGUGAGCUGAAGGAUAGAGGCAUCCAGGAGCAUGAUCCAGCAUACAUGCUGAAUCAGGCGGAGAUCCUUGGUCUCGACAACUCGGUAGCUAACCUCCAAGACCGCCUUCAGCGGGUGGAGCAGCGACCAGUCGCCGUCGCCGACGCAGGCUCUUCCAAUACUGCCGACCGCCUCACCGCAUUGGAGAUGCACGCCGGCUCCCUCCAGGACGACGCACAAUUACAGCAAACCACGACGCAACAAUUGCAGCAGCGGAUCUGCACUACCGCCACAACCUCGAGUCCGGAGCCGCGCGAGACAGCUCCUAAGUUCGAUGGGCAGGAGAUCUUCCACGACUCAAUCAAGACAGAUCCGAUUCCAUGGUUUCGCAAGUUUGAGCUCACGCUGCAGCUCCACAACGUCAAGGAAAACAAGCACCACGCUUACUUGUACUCUCGCUCAGGGGGCGCGUGUCAGGCGUGGUUGGACAACUUGUUGUCCAAGUACGGAGUGGUAGCAGCGGACUUGCACACCAUGAUCUGUUGGGAUGAUCUGAAGGCGGCGUGGCACAAGCGGUUCCAAGUGGAGCCGCCAGAGAUCAAAGCCAUGGACAAGCUUAUGCAACUUCUCGACCGUUACAUCGAGGCCGUAACGGUCUACUUCGCACCUCAUGCAUGCGAACCGGUAACAUUCGAUAUUCUCGACACGGACUUCGACAUCAUUCUGGGAAUGCCUUGGCUCGCAAGUGCGGAUCACACGGUCAACUUCCAUCAGCGGACUCUUAGCGUUCGCGACGCCUUCGGCGCGGAAGUAGCGUGUACGAUUCCUCUACCGCACUCUUCGAUCCRGUGCCAAGUGGUGACGGCCAAAUCAUUCCGGGCGACUUGUGCUUACGAGCAGCCCGAGGAGAUCGACAUAUGUUUCCCACGGACCGUCUCGGUAGCCGACUCUUCACCCACGGACUUGUCUUCGGACCCUGGUGUGGUACGGUUGCUGGACGAGUUCGCCGACAUCUUCGAGUCACCUACCGGUGUGGUGCAGGGUCGGCCAAUCUCUCACGAGAUCAUUCUUGAGGUCGGUGUCGUGCCGCCGAAAGGUUGCAUCUAUCGGAUGAGCGAGGAGGAGCUUGAGGUACUCCGCGCACARCUCGAYGAUUUGUUGGCCAAGGGCUGGAUCCGCCCGAGUAGCUCCCCAUAUGGAGCACCAGUUCUCUUCGUCAGGAAGAAGAACAAGGAUCUACGAUUGUGCAUCGACUACCGCAAGCUCAACGCGCAAACCGUCAAGAAUGCGGGGCCUCUUCCUCGCGUCGACGAUCUUCUCGAGCGGCUGGGCGGUGCGAAGUAUUUUUCCAAGUUGGAUUUGAAAUCAGGAUACCAUCAAAUCUCGAUUCAGCCAAAUGAUCGCUACAAAACCGCAUUCAAGACGCGGUACGGGCAUUUUGAGUGGGUGGCCAUGCCUUUUGGCCUCACCAACACCCCGACGACAUUCCAGGCGGCGAUGACCAAUGAGUUCCGUGCAAUGUUGGACCGGUUCGUGAUGGUCUACUUAGACGAUAUUCUCGUCUACAGCCGGACAUUGGAGGAUCAUCUUGGACAUCUUCGACGAGUGUUGGAGACGCUCCGCCGUGCCAAGUACAAGGCCAACCGCGACAAGUGCAAAUUUGUCCGGCAAGAGCUGGAAUACUUGGGCCAUUUUGUCACACCGGAGGGCAUCAGUCCGCUAUCGGACAAGAUUCAGGCCGUCCAAGAGUGGCCGGAGCCUCGGAACGUCACGGAUGUCCGCUCGUUCCUCGGUCUUACCGGCUACUAUCAGCGCUUCAUCAAAGGCUACUCCAAGAUCGCGGGCCACUUGAACAAGCUUCAGUGCGAGGAUCGGCCGUUUGACUUUGGAGAGGAGGCGCGGGGAUCAUUCCUCACUCUCAAAGUCGCGCUAUUGUCUGCGGAGGUCUUGUGGAUAUACGACCCGCUCGCGCCUACACGUGUCACUACGGAUGCAUCAGGCUAUGGCAUUGGUGCAGUCCUCGAGCAACAUGAUGGUGUGGACUGGCACCCGGUCGAGUACUUCAGCAAGAAAGUGCCACUCGUGCAUUCCAUUGACGAUGCACGCAAGAAGGAGCUCCUCGCCUUCGUCCACGCGCUCAAGCGGUGGCGACACUUCCUCCUUGGUCGAAGCCAAUUUCGAUGGGUAACAGACAACAAUCCGUUGGUCUUCUACAAGACCCAAGACACCGUCAACAGCACCAUCGCUCGAUGGAUGGCUUUCAUCGACCACUUCGACUUCUUUCCCGAUCACAUUCCCGGGAAGUCGAACCGUUUUGCGGAUGCUCUCUCACGGCAUCCGGAUCAUUGUGCCGCAGUCUACUCGACCUUCGAGAUUGACGACGACCUGCGGAACAGCUUCAUCCGCGGCUACCAAGCCGACCUCGAGUUUCGCGACAAGUACGCGAAUUGCUCCUGGCCUAAUCCGGCCCCUUCUCACUACCGGUACCAGGAGGGGUACUUGCUUGUCCACACGCGGGGGAAGGACCUUCUUUGCGUACCAAGUGAUCCUCAUUUGCGUACACGGCUUCUUGGCGAGUUCCACGACGCUCCCGCCACCGGACAUUUUGGAGUCAAUCGCACGAUUGGCCGACUUCGCCAGCGAUUUUGGUGGCCCGGCCUUCUCGGCGACGUCACGCGCUAUUGCAAGUCAUGCGAGGUUUGCCGACGCUGCAAAUCCCGCAACCAUCGUCCCUACGGCGAGCUACGACCAUUGCCAGUCCCGUUGAGGCGAAGGGAAGCGAUUGCCAUGGACAUCACCGGCCCGUUCCCCAAGCACAAGACCAGAGUGGAUGGGAUUCUCACGGUGGUCGACCGACUCACCAAGUUCGCCAUAUUUUUGCCUUGUCGCUAUCAUGCCAAGGCACCGGAGUUGGUCGAGGUUCUAGACGCCGGUUGGAUUCGCACCAAGGGUUACCCCAAGGAGAUCGUGUGCGACCGCGACACUCGGUUCAUGUCCGAUUUUUGCUUCGCGCUCAUCAAGCGAUGGGGCUCAUCUCUCAAGCCCAGUUCAGCUCGCCACCCUCAGACCGAUGGCCAAACGGAGAGGGCGCAUCAGACCGCACAGGUUCUCCUUCGCACUCUCAUCCGCCCCGACCAGAAAGACUGGGUUGAGCGACUGUCGGACGUUGAGUUGGCCUAUAACUCUUCCAUCCACCCGGCUAUUGGGAUAUCGCCCUUCGAGUUCGAGCACGGCUCACCGGUCACGUCACCGUUGGACACGAUUACUCCACGCACGGCCGAGAGCGACGACCAUCUUCUUUUCUUGCGUCGGAUGCAAGAGCUUCUUGUCAAGGCACGCGACCAGAUGGCUAAGACGCACCAACAGGCAAAUCGCCAGCAUCUUCCUUGUCCAUUCCGCGCCGGAGACCUCGUCUGGGUUUCAGCAGCGGAAUUCAGCCUUGAACAAGACGUCUCUCGCAAGCUCCUCCCGAAAUGGAUGGGGCCUUGGCCGAUCAUAGAGCCCGCUGGGGACGCACCCGAAGGACCCUCCUUCAUGAUUCAGGUGCCUAGCGACGUGCCUGUCUACCUAGUCUUUCAUUGCUCCAAAUUGGCUCUCUACACGCCAGCGGAUCAUGACGACUUUCCCGGGAGACGGACGCAAGACCCACCUUCUAUGGAUGGUUUUCAGGAGGUCGGCGACAUCAUCUCCGAGCGACGUUUUGGCAACAAGCCACCUGAGUAUUUGGUGCAUUUUGCCUACUGCACACAUCGAGCUGACCGUUGGUUAACCCGUGCGGAACUGCAAGCGACAGCUCCAGACGUUCUCGCACGCUACGAACGCAAGAUGCAGGGCAAGCCGGUUUCUUCGGCUUCACGCCACGCCCUCGUCCAGGUUCCACCUUCAGAUCGACGGCUUCGCCCUCGCCCCGGCUUGACUUCAUAAGGAGGGGGGGGUGUUACAUGCAGCGCGUGCACACACGGGCCAUUUUGCAGGCCCGACAGCGUUCAGGCCAAAAGCCUGAACUU